UCAUCUUGGUGCCUAUGGAGUGUCAUUUUGAACUUGAUUGCUUCAAGAGUUUAUAUUGCAGGCUGCUCUGCCCCACUUAUUGUGCAACAUUGUGCAAGCUCAGCUGUUUUACUGGAUGUAUUCCUAUUCUCCCUGCAGAUCUUCCCAGAUGAAACUGAACUGUUAGCUAGUGUGGGCAUAGGCAGCCUUUGUCUUUAUGAUAUGCCAAGCAAAUCUGUGUAAUAGAUGAUGUCCCUCACCUGCAGAGGCAAUUAGACCACCUUGUUUAUAUUGCACAGUGACCCCUGGAGACAGUGCUAUAAUGUAAAUGGAUGCAGAGCUGGCAGCGCCCCUGUGGACCCUAAACUUUGGCAAUGUAGCUGUACCAUUCUUCAAACUUGAUGAGUUGAUGCCAGUGCCUUUCAUGACCUCAGGACAUCACAAAGAGCCUUACAGCUAAUGAAGUAUUCUUUACCAUGAAGUCAAACUGUUGUAGGAAAUUCAACCAACCUAUCUAUGCACAAGUUCCCACAAACAGCAAGUUGACAAUAACCACAAUCUUUUUGCGAUAUUGAUUUAAGAGAAAGAAAAUGUUCCUGGUUGGUCUGACAGGUGGGAUUGCCUCGGGGAAAAGCACAGUUGCUGCUGUGUUCCGUGAACUUGGGUGUCCAGUUGUGGAUGCUGAUCAGAUAGCAAGACAGAUUGUUGAGCCAGACUCUCCAGCAUACUGGGCAAUAGUGCGAUCCUUUGGUGAGGAGAUCCUGCUGGAGGACAGAAAAAUCAACAGGGAGAAGCUGGGUAACGUCAUCUUUGGCGAUGUGGAGAAACGUCAGCUCCUGAAUUCCAUCACUCAUCCAGAAAUCCACAAAGCCAUGCUCAAACAGAUCUUUAAAUACUUUAUACGAGGAUACCGGUAUGUUAUCCUCGAUGUUCCACUCUUGUUCGAGACUAACAAGUUAGCCAAGUUUAUGAAGCACACUGUAGUUGUUUACUGUGACCCUCAGGCCCAACUGACCCGGCUGAUGAAACGGAAUAGUUUGACGCAGACGGAGGCGGAGCGGCGCAUUGGUGCCCAAAUGCCAUUGGAGCAGAAGCGGAAGCUGGCGAGCCAUGUGAUCGAUAACUCUGGGGACAGCGCCGGUACACAUCGGCAGGUUUGCAAACUGCACUCUCAGCUUGAAGACUCCCUGGACUUCUUAGCAGUCCGGUUACUAGCCGUGGUCACGCUCUCAGGAAUCGGAGGGCUUCUCUGCGUAUUGAUAAAAAGGUGCAUUUUUUAAAAUGAAGGUCUGCUCCAAACCAAGAUAAAGUAAGGACAGAUGCUUCAUUUUCUAAAAAGAAGAUCCUAUGCAAGAUUGGAAUAUAAAACAUAAGGUGGAAGUGCUGUUUGCUGAACAAUCUUCAGUUCUAUCUCUCUCCUUUUCUCUUCAUGAUAAUUGUCAUUAUCUUUUAUCUAUAUCUGAUAUUGCAAAGAGACACUCUGAAGAGACCUCUGCCAAAUUAUGGAUAGUCAGAGUCCUGCUUCUGCUUGCCAGUUUCUCGGGGCUAAGAUAUACCAAUCAAGUAAUGGAUUUUCCAAUGUGUAGAGAUCCUGUUUGCAGCACAGAUGCUCACUGCAGCUUUUAACUACGCCGAGUGUUUAUUUGGAUAUCAAAGAUAGGCAACUGGAUGCUGUUUACUUCCUUGUUUAAUCUGAGUGAGCACUCGGGAGAUGUUUGUGAAAGUGGAUCCUGUGUAAGUUGCACUCUGUGGCCUAUAGGUAACAGACUUCACUGCUGCCUCUUUAACUAGAGCGACCAGGGUGAAUCUAAAGCACGGCAACAUUAUCGCACCAAGUGGACGCUGGGAUUUCUGAUCUAUCGCCUGUUUAUUCCAGAGAAAAGUGUGGCUUGCUCAAGGGGAAGGUGUAAUGCAUAUGGUGGCACAGUGUGUAGAUUUUCACUUAACCACAUCUGCUGCUCAGUUCUGUGGUUUAGACUAAUGCUGUGUCCGCUGUGCUUUGUUUCACUACGGUCUUACAUACUUUGCAGCCACUUUCUUCUGGCAGGUGAGGCGAGUGUUGUUGGUUGAUGAUGGUUAAUACAUUUUUAGUAGUGCACUUUACUUUAUCUGUUCAGUUUCCUUUCCAUGAUAUCCACGCCAAGUUUGGAAUUUUGAAUGCAAGAUCAGAGAAUUGAAGCUGUGACCUAAAUUCUGUCACUAUGCAGUGUAUCCACACUCGAUUGACAGUGUGCUGAAUCCUGUAAGUGGUCUGGCAGGAGCACGUGAACCAGCAACAACAACAUACAACAUUUGUAAAAUCAUAUGGAAGAAUUUCUCACCUUUUGAUUUGUAAUUCAAUAAAUGAUGUGGAGAGCCCUGGCACAUGGAUUUUUCUGCUAAAUUGACAUCACAGAAAUAUAAUUGGAUGCAAUUGACCUUCGGCUGUAACAAUCGGCACCCUGGCCUGAUUUACCAAUUCCAUUAAAGCUGAUGCAAAUCGGACAAUGUCAAACAGGCUGCCCCUCUGCCACUGUCCAUUUUACCCUAUCAUCAAAGAGCAGUAUCACCCCCAAAGCCUCCUGAAGCAUUGCUUUUCUUCAUACCUGUUUACUGAAUAUCCAUCAUGGUAUUUGUGGGAUUCUUGUCUUUUCAGAUUGGGUAAUGGGCAAACCCAGCCAGUCUCCAAUCAAAUAAAGACUUGAUUUUUAAACAAGAGGAAUGUACAAAAUACUUCCCUUGUGCGGCCACCAUCUCCAGGACUUACUUUUCCCCCUUGAACCAGUGCUGUAACUGCCCUGGGAAUGGAUGCCAUCACUCUCCAGUCUCAUGCCCAAGUGGCCAAUUCUUAAUCUAAAUUGUGAUUGCUAGCAGGUCAACCAUAGGCAAAUUCACAUCCGAGUGCCAUGUUGUCCUCACCUAAGGCUAGUGUGUAUUUUCCACCUGGGUUACUGGAUAAUGAUUAUGCUCCUCCCAAACCCAGGGAAGCUCAUGUUGAUUGUAACAGCCUUUUACUGCAUACUGAAAUUGGUUAUCUCCAUACACUGAGUCAGUUUUUUGAGAAGGAAUACUUUAUUCUUCUCUAGAAUUACAAGCUUUACUGAUUGACUUUUGCCAUUCAUAAGAUGGCCCAUUUACAGGUCAAAAUGAAAAUCUUAAAUUGUCAAAAUACACACAAGUGGGAUACGUCCUCCAGGGAAAAUGGAUGUCCUUGCCGUUUCAGUUCAGGAUGAAUUCUUGGUUUCAGGACAAAUGACAGAUAGAAAUUAAAAUCAAACAGUGGGGCCUUGAAGCUUCAAUUUCUGUCAAUCUAGUUUAAGCCUCACAAUGUCCUCCGUGUAUAGAGAUGCAGACCUGUCUUCCCCAUGUGCAUUCUCUGUAAUUGCCAGCAUAGGAAGCCUUUGAUUGAGUUGCUUUCCCUGAAUUUGCCUUUGUAAAUGAAGUCCGACAUAUAUAAAUAAACCUUCAUUGUCCUGCCUUUGAA